AUGUCGACGCAAGCUUGGCCUACCGUAAGACGCACACCACCGCUGAGACCAGCAGAAUAUCUCAGCUAUUACAAAUACGGCAUCCAACCCGGCGGUCAGAAUGCAGACCCGAGCAUUGGCUUUUCGAAAGUACCAGUCUGGGAUGAGAGGACAAGCGAUGAACACGUCCAUAGGGGACCCGCCUUCACUACACUUCUCUCGCUUAAAAGCGAAACGAUACGAUAUAAUCAUAUCGCACAGGUCAACUCACAUCCACCAUCCAUCGAGAAUAGCCACCACACUCAGCGCAGCUCAAGUCUAGUCAUCGCGAUGGCCUCUGGUCAUACACCUAGCGGCAAGAUGCUCCCAAACUUUCUAACCAUGAGUUUCGAAAUGGUCACCAUGCGUGUCGGCGAAGCAGAUGUGGCAGUCGAUAUUCCCGUCUACCGCGAUCAGCUUUCGGCUGUCUCACUGUACUUUCGCGGCGCGUUCGAGGGUCCUUUCAAAGAGGCUACGGAUCGCAUUCUACCCUUGACAGACGUUUCCGAACAGACCUUCCGGAUAUUCCUGCAGUGGACACACUUCCAAGCCAAUUCUCAGUCGAGUGCUGCUUCCAUGCGUACACAUGACGCCGUCCUCCAGAAACUCAUGACAAAAUUGAGGGAUGAAACCACUACCAUUCCUGGAAUCGACGAAAAAGGCUACCAUGAUGAAAGGAAGAAGAACGAUUCGCGUUGGACGAAUCCAGAGUCGGUGGUCGAUUGCCAGUUGAUGCGUGCUUCGUUCCUGCGCCUCUACGUUUUCGCUGACAAGUACGACAUUCCCCAGUUUCGAGAUGACAUAUUGACUGCCUUGAUUGCACAGCCGCAUGUAUGGAAAUGGCCUUCCAGUCCUGACCAAGAUCUGAUCGAGCAUGCAUACGCAAAUUUGCCGCAGUCUUCCAAGUUCAUCCGCUUCUUAGUACUUUCCGUGGCCACCUGGUACAUUUGGGAUUCUUCGUACGAGGACGCUACCAGGCUGCUGUGUGACCUGAAAGAGACGCAUAAAGACUUCGCUCUCGAGGUCGCUAUUCUGAAGGUCGAGAUAUAUAGGGACAAAGUUUUCCCGAAUAAGCAUGGUGCCUCGUCUCAGCGGGAAUUAACUCUGCCCCAUUCUUGCAUCUUGCACGAGCAUCGAGUCCAGGACAAGAAGCAAUGCCGGGAGCGCAUACGCAACCAUCCGUAUAUAUUUAACAUACUCAUUGAUGCGUGCUUGCAAGAUGCCUUGGGCAUGGAGGAACGGUGCAACAAGGCAUAG